GCGCGCGGGUCAAUGCUAACGGCAGCUAACAGCCAACUGACAGCAGAGAGAGAAACCUCCGACCCGCAGCGACUCCAAAUACGGCCCAGAAACCCGCAGAUAGCCGCCGAGCUCUCUCUAUUCCCGCCGUAGACGCGGUGUAGCUCCUCCGGCGGCCGUGUAGCUGCAGCUGCGGCUCGCUAAAACCGGGCUGCUCGGCUGUUGACAUCCAUGACGGGCACGGAUGCGUCGGUGUUGGGUCACCAACUCGGCAGCUAGCGUAACUUUUCCGCGGAAGUUUUUUUUUUCUUCUUCUCUGGUAUGCGUUCAGAAACCCGUCCUUCGCUCUGACUCGGCGCUGAGCCGGACUCGGGUCUCUCGGUAAAUUCUGGUUGCGAUGAAGCUGCAGUGUGAUGUCGAGGUGGUCAGCCGGAUGCUGCCCUCGUUCGGGAUGAAAAGUCGGGGCAAAGGGACGAGAGCGGUUCUGUCCAUCGGGAAGCAUUUGGACAAGACGAGCCAACGGAGCAACAUCUACAUGAUGAUCUGCACCGCCAAGGACAGAGCCGGGUCCAAGUACAAGCUGAAAGGCAACAUAGAGAAGUUCUUCACUUGGUUCGUGGACGAAGGCAAGGCCACCGUCAGAUUAAAGGAACCUGCUGUUGACAUUUGUUUGAGCAAGGCCGAUGCAAACAGCUUGAAGAACUUCCUCUCGGCAGCUCGUCUGGCCGACAGGGGAACCGACACGAGCAGCCUUCCUCUGUCCACGCUCACUCCCGUUCGGGCCAGAGACGUAGAGCAACCCAAGAAGAAGCUCACCAUCGUCUCCAAGAAGGACUACCCGCUUACCUCGAACUUCCCCUACUCCUUGGAGCAGCUGCAGGUCUCAUAUUGCAAACUGUCACGUGUGGACAUGCGAAUGCUGUCCCUCAAAGCUCUACGAAAACUAGACCUCAGUAACAACCACAUCAAGAAGCUCCCUGCUACGAUCGGUGACCUCAGCUGCCUCUCUGAACUCAUCCUCCACAACAACCACCUGGAAGCCUUCAGCGAGGCCCUCUGCCUGUCCACCCUGCAGCGGACCCUCCAGCUCCUGGACAUCAGCCAGAACCGACUGCACUCCCUGCCCGCUCAGUUCUGCCAGCUCAGAGAGCUGGUGAACCUCAAACUGGACGACAACGAACUCGUGUGUUUGCCGUUCCACAUCGGCCGACUCUCAAAGCUGAGGUUCCUGUCGGCGGCGCACAACCAGCUGGCCGCGCUGCCCGGCGACUUCCGUAAGCUGAGCCUGGAGAACCUGGACUUGUUUGGAAAUCCGUUUAUCCAGCCCAACCCUCUGGAUAACAAAAUGCAACUCACAUUCCCCCUUCCUCUUCAAGAGAUCGCCUCCAGAGCUGUGGCCAAUCUCAGGAUACCGUACGGACCUCACCUCAUCCCUGCACACUUGUGCCGGGACCUCGAAGUAGCCAAGACCUGCGAGUGCGGCUGCAUCUGCGUCAGCUACUACAUCAAAACGGCGGUGAGCAUGAACCUGCACCAGGUCUCUCACACGGUGGUGCUGGUGGACGACAUGGGAGGCACGGACGCUCCGGUGCAGCAGCACUUCUGCUCCCUGCCCUGCUACUCUGAGUUUCUGGACAGCUCCCUCCAAAGAGGAAUCAGAUGAGGAGGAAAAACACUGACUGGACAGAAGAACAACAACAGCUGGAAACGGUGCUGCAGUGGUUGUGAGAUACUGUACGAGGAUAGAUGCGAAGAAGAAGCUGCAGUAGAGAGUAGCCCAGUGAUGAUACCUUUAGAUGGAAGGACGAUGUGGACUUUCUUAAGCUUUGUUUUUAAGCUGCUUGUUUUACCCUUACAUUCAACGUAUAAGGCACUUACUAGAGAUCAAAAUGGGGUAAGAGACAAACAUGAACAUCUUUGUUCUGUUGCACAGAGGGACUGUAAUGAUAGAGACACAUCAUCUUGUCUUGUUCCUUGUCUCUCUGCCUUUUAGAGCAAAUCACAGGUUCCCCUAAUGACCCACUUCCAUUCGGCAUGGGAAUAAAGAAAUUAGAUCAAUUUUAUGAACACAGUGCCUCAGGGUCCUUGAAUACAAAGCAAUGGCUGAAGGGAGUUGGUUGUUGCUGUGCUACUGACCCACAAUUUUUAUAUAUAUAUAAGUACAUAUAUAUAUAUAGACAUGAAAAAUAAAUAAAAGUAUUCAUUGUUUUGUC